ACGGAUGCGCUAACGCCUUGACUUGAGAUUUGGAAAUGCAAAUGAAAGAGGAAAUAGAAAAAUCAGUCAAUUCCUUUCGAGUUUCGCCUUCACCCUUCCGUGCACCCGCCUUAGGUUAGGCGAGGCCGAUCCCACGGCUAAGAUAGUCGCUCCAGAGGUCGCCUGCUUCCGGCUUCGACCGGGAAUCCUGCCAGUUCCUGGGGCAACCCCUAUCAAAACCCCAAUCAACAACCGGGGGCGGCUCAAGAGGCGCUGCCAAAGGCUAGCACAAGCGAGCGCUCCUAAUUCCAUUUGACCUGAGUGAGGGUUUGCAACAAGGGUGGGCUGUCUAUUUUCUCCCCAACUAAUUACCUGAAUUGAAUGAAGAAGGAUUUUGACCGCUAUCCCCAUCCAUCCCCUGAGGCACUUCUCAGGUAAAUUCACACGUUAGUCACGCAGCAACUACGUUCAGAGUGUGAAAGAGGGCGAGUGCGGCCCUCACUUUGAAGAAAUGAGAAAUAUGUAUUCGGAAAGAGCCAAUAACAUUCUUUCUCAGGAUCUGGAAAUAUCUGCGUAGAUGGAUGCCGAACCCCUCCACGAAUGGAUGGAGCAGAUUAGAGAUAACCCUACAAUCUGCUAAAAAGUCUUUCGGCAUAAUACUACCGAUAUGCUAUAAAAAAAGCAGAAAAGGUUUCCUCUCCCUCUCCCUAUCUAUGGAUUCUGACUCCUUACUCCCUCUCCCUAUCGGUCUCGCUCCUUCCUUACUCCUGACUCCCUCUUCUCCUUUUUUUCUUUCUUUUUUUUCGGUAUGCCGCUCCGCGAGAAAGAAAACCAAGUGGGCUGUGGUGAUGUCAGAAUUGAGUUUUUCUACUUUCACUUGUUGAGGAUAUCGGGGAGACCCUUGACCUGGGCGGGCUCCCGCGCCCUUCUUUCUUUGUUUAGUUUGUUUAUCUCGGGCCCUCUCGAGUCAGGUUCGCUGUUUGCUGGGCGCUUUUCUUGCUUUUUAUGAAGUCGCCCUUUUUCUUUCCUUUCCUUCGUUUGUGCAUCUUUCUUUCUCCCAUGCUUUCCGUUGGUCAACAACCAACCACAGCUCUCUAUAGUUCUUCACUACUCGUCCAGGAAGGAGUCUCUUUCUGUCUGGCUGGAGGGAAUAAUAAUCAUUUUUUCUCAAUCAAGAAUGCCUCAACUGGAUAAAUUGACUUAUUUCACACAAUUCUUCUGGUCAUGCCUUUUCUUCUUUACUUUCUAUAUUCCCAUAUGCAAUGAUGGAGAUGGAGUACUUGGGAUCAGUAGAAUUCUCAAACUCCGGAACCAACUGGUUUCACACCGGGGGAACAAGAUACGGAGCAACGACCCCAACAGUUUGGAAGAUAUCUUGAGAAAAGGUUUUAGCACCGGUGUAUCCUAUAUGUACUCUAGUUUAUUCGAAGUAUCCCAAUGGUGUAACGCCGUCGACUUAUUGGGAAAAAGGAGGAAGAAGAUCACUUUUCUCUCUUGUUUCGGAGAAAUAAGUGGCUCACGAGGUCUCGAAAGAAAUAUAUUCUAUUUGAUCUCGAAGUCCUCAUAUAGCACUUCUUCCAAUCCUGGAUGGGGGAUCGCUUGUAGGAAUGACAUAAUGCUAAUCCAUGUUCUACACGGCCAAGGAAGCAUUCCUCAACCAGAGAGAUCAACCUGCGCCUUUCAUUUUAGGCCGCCGGCGGCGCAGAACGCACUAAUCCGCGACCAACAAAGGCAUUCUUUUCAUUUGGUAGAUCCAAGCCCAUGGCCCAUUUCGGGUUCACUCGGAGCUUUGGCAACCACCGUAGGAGGUGUGAUGUACAUGCACUCAUUUCAAGGGGGUGCAACACUGAUCAGUUUGGGCCUCAUAUUUAUCCUAUAUACCAUGUUCGUAUGGUGGCGCGAUGUUCUACGUGAAUCCACGUUGGAAGGACAUCAUACCAAAGUCGUACAAUUAGGACUUCGAUAUGGGUUUAUUCUGUUUAUCGUAUCGGAGGUGAUGUUCCUUUUAGCUUUUUUUCGGGCUUCUUCUCAUUCUUCUUUGGCACCCACAGUAGAGAUCGGAGGUAUUUGGCCCCCAAAAGGGAUUGGGGUUUUAGAUCCUCGGGAAAUCCCUUUUCUUAAUACCCUGAUUCUCCUUUCAUCCGGAGCUGCCGUAACUUGGGCUCAUCAUGCUAUACUCGCGGGGAAGGAAAAAGGAGCUGUUUACGCUUUAGUAGCUACCGUUUCACUGGCUCUAGUAUUCACAGGCUUUCAAGGAAUGGAAUAUUAUCAAGCACCCUUUACUAUUUCUGAUAGUAUUUAUGGUUCUACCUUUUUCUUAGCAACUGGCUUUCAUGGGUUUCAUGUGAUUAUAGGUACUCUUUUCUUGAUCAUAUGUGGUAUUCGCCAAUAUCUUGGUCAUCUGACCAAGGAGCAUCACGUUGGCUUUGAAGCAGCUGCAUGGUACUGGCAUUUUGUAGACGUGGUUCGGUUAUUCCUAUUUGUCUCUAUCUAUUGGUGGGGAGGUAUAUGAAAGAACAAAACAGUGCAUUGAGGAAUUCAAGCUCGAAGACAAAGAGAACCGGGCUAUUCCAAAGAAUUACAGCAGCUUUCCUUCUUCCUUUAAUUAUUAUAUACAAAAAAGUCUCUUCCACUUUCCUACCAAAUCUAUCUGUAUUCUG